CCGCUUUUCUAUAAUGGGGCGGAAGCUUCUGCACUUGUCCGCUAUGCAAGACAGACGUGAUUUGUGGUCUCAAAUCAGCAAGACAAAUUUUCGGAAGCUGCAUGCCUUUUCGAUAUUCGGACGAGGGGGGAUUUUUCCUCUCCAUAGUUCCACACGGCAGUCUAUCAACUGUAAAAAUGUCUGGGUCUGGAAGAAUCGAUGUUUGUCAUGCUUGUCUGGCAUGAGUCUUAAAUCUGUCAUGCACGUUACCCAGGAGCUCUAUUUUUCUGUGAUGCAGAAACGCAGUCUGUCAUGCAGAAUAGGCAACACCUAGAAGCUCAGAAACUUGUCAUGCGGAGCCAGCAUUUGUAGCCCCAUUAUGAGACGCCGCCCAGCAUCACAAGUUUCCAGACCCAGACACUUUUACAUUUGGUACAGUCCUGGAGCGGUUCCGAAAAGACCACCGUAUCAAAAGCAAAAAUGUCUGGGUCUGGAAACUUGUAAUGCUGCGUUGGGAAUAGUGAAUGCUCUGUACUGCUGCACAGCCAAGCAUGAGAAAUAUCUGCGCUUCUUUGUGUUGCGUGUUUCGCAUGACAAACUGCGUUUUUGCAUGACAGGCAAGAGGGUCUCUUCUGUGACACGCAUCACAAACUUUUUGGUCAUGCCAGACAAGCAUGACAACUCUCCCAAUCUUUCAGACCCAGACAUUUUUGCAUUUGAUACACGGGAAGAUAUCGCGACAAAAAAAUGCUUCACGGUAACCAAUUUGAUGGCAAGUUUUGCAUCAACACAAGUUUGUCCUACAUGCCAGAAAAAAUUUCAAUUUGCCAAUCGAUGUCCGUAAACGGAAAUAAUAAACACGGCGGUUGCAGCAAUGAUAAACAUAAAUGCGUUAAUAUCUUGCAUGUUGUGUGGCAAGACAAACACUUCUGUGAUCAUGCAUUUUCAUCUGCGUCACAAGUUCAUAUACAGUGAAACACUUUUUUCUCAUUUAUAAAAGACGGUGAAGUCCUAUCCAAGGAAAAAACUGUGUUAGUGUAACUUCUUUGGAGGAAUAGCAUCACAAAUUUGCUCUGCAUGACAGAGAGAGCCUGUCAUGCGCGCCUAGUACGUGAAAACACGUACGAAAAGAGCUUCUGAUGCAUGUCCAGCAUGACACGUGUAACUGUUUUGCAUUUUCUGCAUCACAGACUUACACUUACACAGUUUUUUUCUUGGAUAAGUCCUACUACGAGGUUUUGACUCGAAACGCUACACCCUCAUAUGCAUUGCAAAUAUGUCUGGGUCUGGAUCUGGAAGUAGAAUGCAUGUUUGUCAUGCUUGUCUGGCACGACUGAAGAGCUUGUGAUGCGUGUCCAAGAAGAGACCCUCUUGCUUGUCAUGCAAAACGCAGUUUGUCACGCGGAAACCGCAGCACUAAGCGGCGCAAAUAUUUCUCACGCUAAGCUGUGCAUUACAGAGAACUCACUAUUCACAAAUCAGCAUUACAAGUUUCCAGACAUCCAGGGAUAUUUGCAUUUGAUACCUCAACCGUUCUCGCGACAUUUGCGGAAGGGGCGCCGCUAUCCUGUGCAAAAGUAUCGUAGUCGUACUAAUUGCAGUAUAUGCAUGACAAAUCUUCUUUUCAAAGUAAAACAGCAUGACAAAUUCCAUUUCUCAUGCUGAGCAAAUUUGUAAUGCAAUUCGUACUAGUACGAUACUUUUGCAGUUCAUAGCCGCGUCACCUAUUACAGUGAAAAAUGUUCCCAUCCCCAAAGUCGCAAAAAUUUGUGAUGCAUAAGGUUUUCAAAUGAAGAACUUUUUAUCUAUGCGUGAAAGGAGUAUGAACCUUUCUGCUGCAAAAUCUCGGCGUGUAUCGCAUCGCUUGCAUGACAAGCGCCACUCUUGCUGGGGUCUUUUGCAAUGCAAAAUUUUUCUAUUCACGAUUGGAGACCUGUGAUCUUCAUGCUGAUAGCUGCAAGAGGGCGAAUGUUUCAUUUGGAAAGGUUUGCAACACAAAUGCUUCUCAGUUCGGGGGUGGGGGCAUUUUUCACUUUGAUAUCACCUAUCGAAAGGAAAAAUCUCCCCACCCCAUACCUAAACUAAAAAUUUGUGAUGCAGAUUUGUGGUCACAAAUCAGCUUUGUCAUGCUAGAAGGGAAAAGAUGCGGACUGUAGUGCUGGUUGGCGUGGGAAAGCCUUGCAUCUUCAGCAUGACAGGGGGCAGCUGGAGGAGGGAAACAGCAUGACAAAUUUCCUGCAAAGGAGGCCACAGCUGCGUCUCUUGGUCUUCUAGCAUUACAAGUCGAUUUGUGUACUCAAAUACAGCAUCACAAAUUUCGUUUUCGAUAUGGGGAGGGGGGAUUUUUCACUUUGAUAUCACCGUGUUGCGGUUUAUCGGGACGCGACCACGUUCGCGAGCGGCAUUAUUGUAUGCAUUGCAAAUAUGUCUGGGUCUGGAAACUUGUAAUGCGAAAGGUGAAUGAGAGUUCCAUUGCAAUACGCAGCCACGCAUGACAAAUUUUUGGGCUCCUAUGUGUUGCGUGUUCCGCAUGGCAAGCUGCGUUUUUGCAUGACGGGUAAGAAGACCGUUUGGUGCCCAUGCAUCACAGAUUCUUGAGUCAUGUCAGACAUGCAUGACAAAUGUAGCAAUCUUCCAGACCCAGACACUUUUGCAUUUGAUACAUUGUCCUCCAAGACGGGGGGCAAGAGGAAAGCCGCAUCGUCGCAAAUGUAUUGCGAGGAAAAGUCCCCCCUCCCCAUAUCGAAAAGGUAUGUUUCUGAAAUUUGUGUUGGUGAUUUGAGACCAGAAAUCACGUCUGUCUUGCAAGAAGACAAGUGCAAAGGCUUCCGCGCCAUCAUGGAAGCGAUUUGGCAUGCUGUUGGGCCUUAGGGGAGAGCCGUUUGUAAUGCUAGACAACUAGACCCAAGCGCCCCUAUCUAGGCUGAGGAUCUAGCUGCAAGGCCUUACUGCAAGACAGCGCGCGUCUGUGUACGGAAAUCCAGCAUCAGAAACUUCGUCAUGAUACGGGGUGGGGGGAUUUUUCCCGACAAUAAAAUGGAGGCUGCGUUCUGACGUCCCUGGUGCCCCGCGGAACCUACAGCUCCAAGCCUAGCAGCGGCGCGGCUGCUCCUUAUCAAAAGGAAAAAUCCCCCCUCCCCAAAUCGAGAAGGACAUUUGUGAUGCUGGAUUUGCGUACACAAAUCAGAUUUGCCUUGCAGUGAGGGACUCACUGCAGGCUUAUAUCAAGCCGAAGUGGAGAGGUCUUGGCCUAGGCGCUCAGCAUGACAAAAGUCCAUGCUGUAGGCCCAACAGCAUCUAUCACAAACCGCCCGCAUAAUGCGUGGGGGCCUUUUGGGUUUGCCUUCUUGCAACACAGACACGAUGUGUGACCACAAAUCAGCAUCACAAAUUUCCAACAGUAUAGCUUUUCAGUGUAGUGGGAGGGGGGAUUUUUCCUCACAAUACUCCGCCGACGGUGGUCCCCGGUAGCGUCCUCGCCAUGGCAGCAACUUGGACCGAUAUGGAUUGCAAAUAUGUCUGGGUCCUCUGGAAACUUGUAAUGCUCAAAGUGAAUGAUAGACUUACUGCAAUAGCAAUAGGCAGCUAUGCAUGACAAAUUUUUUGGCUGCCAUGUCUUACGUCUUCCGCAUGGCAAACUGGGUUUUUGCAUGACAGGUAAGAGGGCCUUUUCGUGCCUAUGCAACACAGAUUCUCGAGUCAUGCCAGACAAGCAUGACAAACUUGCAUUCUUCCAGACCCAGACAUUUUUACAUUUGAUAACCGAGGGCUUGUGGCACUUUGUCGCCGAGGCAUUUACGGGACUCUCUUCGCUGCCGGUAACAGAGGCAGGCGCAGUCGAGAUCAGCGCGGACGCGCGGCGGGUAGGAGUGCAUAUCAAAUGCAAAAGUGUCUGGGUCUGGAGAAGUGUAGACUUCUCAUGCCGAUUUUUAUAUGAUCCAUGUUGUCUGGAGUGCAGGACCUAGCAUGACAGCUUCUGUGAGAUCCCUAUCAUGCCUAUCCUGCAUGAGAAACUCCCUUUCAACUUGGUCAAAAGUAUACCGCUUUUGGGACUCAUGCAACAAAGAUUUUUGCAUGCUCCAGAUUUACCAUGACAAGUUGCAAUCUUCCAGACCCAGACAUUUUUGCAAUUCAUCGUGCACAUCGUGGAACAAACCGCGGUAUCAAAUGUAAAAAUGUCUGGGUCUGGAAGAGUACAAACGUGUGAUGCGCAUUUCAGAACACAGAAAAAUCUCUCAUGCAUAGGCAGCAAAAGUUCCCACUUUCUGUUACCAAAGGCAGGGAUUUGUCAUGCGGAUUCGGCAUUGCGGAGGCUUCUCGAAACUUGUGAUGCUAGAGCUUCCAUGCCAGACCUUCUGUGUCAUGCAGAAACAGCAUCACUCUUCCAGACCCAGACAUUUUUACACUUGAUACGCGGGAGGACCUCGGGGAGCCGGGACGGGGCGGUGGGAGCUGAAAAGCACGACGCUAACAAAAGGAAAAAUCGCCCCUCCCCAUAUCGAAAUGGAAAUCUGUGAUGCGGGACUUGUGUACACAAAUCGGAUUUGUCUUGCAGUAGAGGACUGCGGACAGAUACGAACCCGGAGUAGGGAGAUUUUGGUGUAGGCGCCUAGCGAGGCAGGCAGGUACUCCGUAGGCCAUACAGCAUUACAAAUUGCCUGCAGAACGCGGCGGGGUUUUUGGAUUUGCUUUCAUACGGAGACGAUUUGUGGCCUCAAAUCAGCAUCGCAAAUUUUCAGAAGUGUCCCGCUUUGGUACGGGGAGGGGGGAUUUUUUCUCACAAUAGACGCCGAAUUCUCCCCUGUUUGUGCAUCUGUCGCGGAAGAGCCCCUUCGCGGUGCAGUUCCUGCGGGCCCUGGGGGUGAACCAGUCCCAGCUGGUCUACGGCAGGAUCUUAUCGUAAGGAAAAAUCUCCCCUCCCCAUAUCGAAAAGGAACGCCUCAAAAAAUUUGUGAUGCUGAUUUGUGACCACAAAUCGUGUCUGUCUUGCAAGAAGGCAACGGCAUCCGCUCCGCCCCAUUAUGCAGUCGGUUUGUAAUGCUGUUGGUCCUAGAGCAUAGGCGUUCCCCAUGCUAAGUGCCUAGGCCAAAACCUCUGCGCACUGGCAUGAUAUCGGCCUGCAGUCCCCUACUGCAAGGCAAAUGUGAUUUGUGUACGCAAAUCCAGCAUCAGAAAUUUUGUUUUGAUAUGGGGUGGGGGCUUUUUUCACUUUGAUAGAUCUCGGCGCAAAGGCUUGUCGUCCCCGAAAUGGGCGAGUGUGGCAAUCCCUCACCCGGCCACGCACAAUGGCUUCGCCAGUUCCUGCAGCGAAAUUUGGUGGACGCAGCCGACCAGAAAGAAGUCGGGUCGCGGCGACUCCUGGUUCUCAUUCGCAGGCGGGGGAGCCGCCCGGUGCGCAAUUGGGCCGCAGUGGAGGAAGUUGGCACCCGGUACGCGGACCGUAUCAAAUGCAAAAAUGUCUGGGUCUGGAAGAGUGCGCAACUUGUCAUGCAGAUUUUCCAUGACUCAUGAGGUCUGGAAUGCAGGAACUAGCAUGACAGAUUCUGUGAGAUCUCUGUCAUGCCUAUCCUGCAUCAGAAACUCCCUCUACAUGAGGUCAAAAGUGGACAACUUUUGGUAAGCAUGCAACACAGAUUUUUACAGGAUGCAGACUUAGCAUGACAAGUUGCAACCUUCCAGACCCAGACAUAUUCGCAAUGCAUAGACCGACACGGACUGCAAGUCUACGUUCAUAGCGGCACCGGUUCUCUCCAGAAACAUAUCGAAAGGAAAAAUCCCCCCUCCCCAUAUCAAAACGAAAUUUCUGAUGCUGGAUUUGUGUACACAAAUCCGAGCUGUCUUGCUGGAGAGCACUGCAGGCCCAUACCAAGUGUGGGUAGACGAAAGGUUUUGGCCUAGGCGCUUAUACAUGAAGAACAUCCGCGCUGUAGGCCCAACAGCAUGACCACAAACCGCCUGCACAAUGCGGCGGUUGCCUUCUUGCAAGACAGACGCGAUUCGUGGCCACAAAUCAGCAUCACAAAUUUCCAAAAAUAUGCCUUUUCGGUAUGGGGAGGGGAAGUUUUUCCUUUUGAUAAAGCAGGCGGCUGCGUUUGCGGCCGCGCACACCAUUGUCGGCCCGCACGGCGCCGGCUUAGUGUUUAUGGCCGCCGCGCUACCCAAGAAAAAAACUGUGUUAGUGUAACUUUCUUGAAGGAAAAAUAGCAUGACAAGUUUGCUCUGCAUGACACAGAAAACCUGUCAUGUGGAGCUAGUAUCAGUGAAAACACGUACGAAAAGAGCCUCUGAUGCAUGUGUCUAGCAUGACAGGUGAUAAGUGUUUUACAUACGUCUGCAACACAAAGUUACACUUACACAGUUUUUUUCUUGGAUACGCGCCGCCCGGGGUGCGCAUUGUGGAGUUCAUGCGGAACCAGUUGAAUUUGUGCUACGCGCGCUUGUAUGCAUUGCAAAUAUCCCUGGACGUCUGGAAGGAUGCAACUUGUGAUGCUGCGUCUGAACUCUACAAAAAUUUGUAUUGCAUGAACAACAAAAGAGGUCCAGUUUUUGCCACGGCGAGAGGGCAUUUCUCAUGCGAUAUAGGCAUCAGGAAGCCCUCAAAAAAUCUGUUAUGCUAGGGCAUGCAAAGCGGACAUCAGGAGUCGUGCAAAAUGUGCAUUACAAUCCUUGCAUCCUUGCAGGCCCAGACAUAUUUGCAAUUCAUAGCUUGGCGCUCUACUUGAGCGCGGACUACCAGUGCAUUCCCUACAUAUCCUGUGCAAAAGUAUCGUACUCGUACGUUGUAGUAAAAAUCUUCGCAGUUAUGCAUUACAAAUCUAGUUGGUUAGGUAAAUCCGCAUUACAAAUUUAAUUUGUAAUGCUGAGCCAAUUUGUAUUGCGAUUUGUACUAGUACGAUACUUUUGCAGUGCAUACUACAAAGACGGCGGCAAUGUCUCCAUUGCCCUGCUGGAGGAAUCGCUCAGCAAAUGGACAAGACAAUAAAAGUAUCAAAUGUAAAAAUGUCUUGGUCUGGAAAUUUGUGAUGCUUCUUGGCGUAUCAUGAGGAGGCCACAAGUGCUGGCUCAGCAUGACAAGUUUCUGAGCUUCCAGGUGUUGCCUAUUCUGCAUGACAAACUGCGUUUCUGCAUGACAGAAAAGUGCUGGCGCUCUUGGGUAACAUGCAUGACAGAUUUGAGAGUCAUGCCAGACAAGCAUGACAAACAUGCACUCCUCCAGACCCAGACAUUUUUACAUUUGAUAAAACAGGUCCGAAUCGAAAAAUGGACAAGAAAAGUUGUGAAAUAUUAAAAGUUUUACUCCGAUGAACAAAGCAUAGGUCUAGAUUUACCGGGCGCCGAACUUCUCGCACAGAACCUGCACAGACCUUGUCAGGCCGCCGCGCGCAAAAGUUGGCGCAGAGUAAAAACUGCAAGAACGCUUUUCAUUUUCUCCGGAUCAUGUUCAUGGUGCAUGUACUGCAUAGACCACGACGGCCUUCUUACUUUGUUCUGGCGACAUUCUAUCAGAUGCAAAUAGGUCUGGGUCUGGAAAAGUGCCAGGUUUAUCAUGCACAUUUUCCAUGGUCCGUGAUGGCUGUGAUGCUUGGCGUGGCGUCACAGCUUCUGCGACGGCUUUCUGAUGCUCAUACUGCAUGAGAAAUGCUCUCUCCGCGCAGCAAAAAUUGAAGCCCUUUGUUUGCUGUUCAUGCAAUACAGAUUUUAUGUACAGUCCAAGGAUAGUAUUACAAGCUGCAUCCUGCCAGACCCAGACAUAUUUGCAGCUGAUGAUGCACUCGUGAGUUCCCGCGUGGUGGAGGUGGGUCUCGAGUUGCUUAGUACUUAUGCGAAGAAAAAAGUGUUACAGUUACACAUUGUGUUGCAGGGCCAGCAUGACAGACCACCUCUGUCAUGCCGGAUAUGCAUAGGAGCCUCGUUUCAUAGGUGUUUUAUUCCCGUAGGAUUCCUGCAUUACAAGUUUUCUCUCUCAUGCAGAGAAAUUUGUGUUGCCGAAUUGACUACAAAUGUGUAACUGUAACAUUUUUUUCGUGGGAUAGUAAUCGUGAACAGUUCAGUGGUCCGCGAGAUGCCGUUUUCCUCAGGAUCUGACGUCG